AUGGUUGUGCUGGACAGGACAGACUACCUUCAAAAAGCCAAAGGUUUACUGGAAGACCGACAGUUCUAUGUCCCGUUUGCAAUGAACCCUGUAAAAGCGCUGACGCGCGAAAUUAAUGCCACGUUGUUGGCCUUGGAGAACUCAGGUGCAAUAACACCGACCGACAGACUCAUGGCGACACCCCAAGAUACGGCUUUGGACCGAUUCUAUGGCCUCCCUAAUGUGCACAAAGACGGCGCUCCUCACCGACCCAUCGUUUCGCUCAAAGGGUCUCCAACGUACGGACUGGCUAAGUGGCUGUUCCGGCGUCUCAAGUUCCUAACCGCUGAGUCAGACACCACGGUCUCUUCGUCAGCACAAUUCCUGGAGAAACUCAAAGGGGUAAGCAUCCAUCCAAAUGAGGUCAUGGUAUCUUUUGAUGUUACAUCCAUUUUUACUUCUAUUCCCCAGGACCUGGCGAUCGAAACAAUCGAGCUGCUUCUACAAAGCAAAUAAGAUGAAACGGAGAAUCGGCUUGGACACGCCCAAGUCCUUCAGCUCCUGAAGUUCUGUCUCAGGACGUACUUCACGUUCGACGGGACAAUCUACGUACAGGCGAAGGGCGCAUCAAUGGGUUCGCCGAUUUCGCGAUUCAUCGCCGAGGCGGUCCUGCAACGGUUAGAGUCGUUGGUCUUCCAACACCACAGACCGAAAUUCUGGACUCGGUAUGUGGAUGAUACCUACGUCAUUAUCGACCGGGAUCAACUGCUGAAAUUCAAGGAACGUCUGAAUGCGGUCUUCCCGGACAUACAAUUUACGAUGGAGGAGGAAGAGAACAAUCAGCUGGCCUUCCUGGAUGUCCUCGUAUGCCGCAAAGAUUGCGGUGGACUAAAGACCAAAGUGUUCAGGAAGGCGACAAAUACGAUGCAAGUACUGAACUUCAAUAGUAACCACCCAAUCAGUCACAAACGCAGUUGUGCAAGGACGCUCUAUCGACGUGUCGAAACGCACUGCAGUGAGCCGGAAGAUAAAAUUGCCAAACUACAUUACCUCCGACGGGUCUUCAAAGCCAAUGGUUACCGGCGCAACUUUGUCGACCGGUGCAUACGCAAAAGGGACGAAAGCCCUAACCGCAUGAACACCAAAGUUUGGUGA